AUGUCUAGUGGAGGUGGUGAGAAUGGAGCUAAAAAAGCAGAGGAAUUACAUCCUCAUCCAACUAUGGAGCAACUUAAGAAUGUACAAUACUGUGUUAACAGCCCACCACCUUUGUCAGAAGCAUUAUUCUUGGGGUUUCAACAUUACAUAUUGAGUCUUGGUAAUAUUGUUUUAAUUCCUAGCAUCCUAGUUCCUCAAAUGGGAGGUGGCAAUGAUGAGAAGGCAAAAGUAGUACAGACAAUGCUUUUUAUUUCAGGAGUAAAUACAUUACUACAAUCUUUAUUUGGGACGAGAUUGCCAUUGGUAAUAGGUGGUUCAUAUGCAUACUUGAUACCUGUUACCUCAAUUAUCCAGGCUAAUAGGUCCUCAGUUCUUCAGGAUCCUGAGCUGAGGUUUAUGCAUACAAUGAGAGGCAUACAGGGAGCUCUUAUUGUUACUUCUGGCUUCCAAAUUGUAAUGGGCUUCUUUGGCCUGUGGAGAAAUCUUGUAAGGUUACUUAGCCCUCUAUCUGUGGCACCACUUGUUACUUUGACUGGACUAGGGCUCUACCAUCUCGGCUUCCCAUUGAUUGCAGAAUGUGUCGAAGUUGGGAUACCACAGUUGAUUUUCAUGGUUGUCAUCACACAGUAUCUACCAACAUAUCUCAAAUUGAAGAGGCCGAUAUGUGACCGGUUUGCAAUGCUCUUCUCUAUAGCAAUUAUAUGGUUCUAUGCAGCAAUCUUGACCUGGAGUGGUGCAUACAAGAAUGCAAAGGAAGCAACUUGCCGCACUGAUAGCUCUGGACUCAUUUCUGGAUCUCCUUGGAUAGAUAUACCAUAUCCAUUUCAAUGGGGGGUUCCUACCUUCAACUUUGGAGAUGCUUUAACCAUGAUGUUCGCUUCUUUUGUUGCUUCAGUUGAGUCAACUGGUGUAUUCCUUGCAUCAGCGAGAUAUGGAAGCGCUACACCAGUGCCACCUUCUGUCAUUAGCCGGGGCAUUGGUUGGCUGGGGAUAGGGACUUUGCUAAAUGCUGCUUUUGGUUGUGUCACUGGUUGCACUGCUACAGUGGAAAAUGCUGGUCUCUUGGCAAUGACAAGAGUUGGAAGCCGAAGAGUCGCACAAAUAUCUGCUGCUUUUAUGAUUUUCUUCUCCAUCUUAGGAAAAUUUGGAGCAAUUUUUGCUUCAAUACCUGCAUCAAUCAUGGCUGCCAUAUAUUGUUUUUUCUUUGGAUAUGUCUCUUCUGCUGGUCUUGGAUUUCUCCAAUUCUGUAACCUUAACAGCUUUAGGACAAAGUUCAUAUUGGGAUUCUCUCUUUUUCUGGGAUUUUCCUUACCUCGGUACUUCAGAGAGCAUCACCUUUGUUCUGGAUCUGGUCCUCUUCAUACACAUUCAAGAUGGUUUAAUGACAUAAUGUCUGUCAUCUUCAUGUCACACGCAACGGUAGCUGCUAUAGUCGCUGUAUUUUUGGAUAGGACUCUUCCAUUUAGUAACGAUGAAGCUCGAAAAGACAAUGGUUCGCAUUGGUGGGACAAGUUUGUGGUAUAUAGUAAAGAUGUUAGAAGUGAUGAGUUCUAUAAAUUACCAUGCCAACUUAAUAGGUUCUUCCCACCUUAUUAGUCAAAAAAUAUGCAUUUACUGUUUUGUUUGGUUGUUUCCUUCAUAAACUCUAUUCUUUCUGUCGUGUGAAAAAUUUCUUCAACUGAAUGCAUUCUUUGUUUUGUUCCUUUUUAUCAAACUAUA